AUGCGAAGCGGGCGUUACCGCUUGGUAGGGAUCUGCACCCUCUCCCAGGCCAGCGCGGUGGAGGCUGGUGAAGUUGGCCCAGACCUCAGUCUUGCUUCUUGCCAACGCUUCGUGCUGGGGCUGGACGUGGGCAGCUCUGUGAUCCGCUGCCACGUCUAUGACCGGACGGCGCGGGUCUGCGGCUCCAGCGCGCAGAAGGUAGAAAAUCUUUGUCCUCAAGUUGGCUGGGUUGAAAUUGAUCCUGACAUUCUCUGGACUCAAUUUAUUGCUGUAAUAAAAGAUGCUAUCAAAGCUGCAGGAGCACAGAUGAACCAGAUUGUUGGUCUUGGUAUAUCCACACAGAGAGCGACUUUCAUUACGUGGAACAGGAAAACAGGAAAUCAUUUUCACAACUUCAUUAGUUGGCAAGACCUAAGAGCAAUUGAACUUGUAAAAUCCUGGAAUAAUUCUCUUGUAAUGAAGCUCCUGCACAGUUCCUGCCGAGUGUUGCACUUCUUCACUAGAAGUAAGCGUCUCCUAGCAGCCAGCCGGUUCACCUUCACCACCCAGCAGGCUUCUUUGCGAUUGGCCUGGAUUUUGCAGAACCUGACAGAGGUACAGAAGGCAGUUGAAGAAGAAAAUUGUUGCUUUGGGACUAUUGAUACCUGGUUGCUAUACAAGCUCACAAAAGGUUCUCAGUAUGCCACGGAUUUUUCAAAUGCCAGUACAACUGGACUUUUUGAUCCAUAUGAGAUGUGUUGGAGCAGGCUCAUUACCUCCAUGAUUUCUGUACCACUCUCUCUCCUGCCUCCCGUGAAGGACACCAGCCACAAUUUUGGAUCAGUGGAUGAAGAGAUAUUUGGUGUGCCUAUACCAAUAGUUGCCUUGGUCGGCGACCAGCAAUCAGCCAUGUUCGGAGAGUGCUGCUUCCAGACAGGAGAUGUGAAAUUAACCAUGGGAACUGGGACUUUUUUGGAUAUUAAUACUGGAAACGACCCUCAACAUACUGUUGGAGGCUUUUAUCCAUUGAUCGGGUGGAAGAUUGGACAAGAAGUUGUAUGCUUAGCUGAAGGCAAUGCAGGAGACACUGGAAGUGCCAUAAAAUGGGCUCAGCAAUUAGAUCUUUUCACAGAUGCUGCUGAGACUGAAAAAAUGGCCAAAAGUUUGGAAGAUUCUGAAGGAGUUUAUUUUGUUCCAUCGUUUAGUGGAUUACAGGCUCCAUUAAAUGACCCCUGUGCAUGUGCUUCUUUUAUGGGUUUGAAGCCUUCUACCAAUAAACACCAUCUCGUCCGAGCAAUACUGGAGUCAAUAGCUUUCAGAAACAAACAAUUAUAUGAGAUGAUGCAGAAAGAGAUCCAUAUUCCUGUUACAAACGUCCGGGCAGAUGGAGGAGUUUGUAAGAACGGUUUUGUCAUGCAGAUGACUUCAGACCUGAUUAAUGAGAAUAUAGACAGACCAGCCCACUUUGACAUGUCCUGUUUGGGUGCUGCUUCUCUUGCUGGCCUUGCUGUUGGGUUUUGGACUGACAAGGAGGAACUAAAGAAAUUGAGGCAAAGUGAAACGGUUUUCAAGCCGCAGAAGAAAUGUCAAGAAUAUGAAAUGAAUAUGGAAAACUGGGUCAAAGCAGUGAAACGCUCCAUGAAUUGGUAUAACAAGACAUAACACUAAAUGAAACAGUCAAGACUGUAGCCGGCUGGUGGAUGCCACCUGCAGAUUACAGUGCUCAGGGAGGAUUGGUACCACAGGGACCACAGAGAAGAUUCAAAAUGAGCUUCGCAACCUGGGAGAAAAAGUGUUGCUCUUAAAAAACAAAAACAAAACCAACUAAAAAACACUAACUUUUUUUUUUUAAUCUUGGUAAAACUAUAAGGCAGCAAUACCUCAAAACUUCGUCUUCAAUUUUCUAGCAAAUUCCACAGGACUUCAGCCAUUUCCAACUGGAUUUUGACAGUUAUGAGCCCUCCUCUUUUUUAAACUGGGUCAGUGGUACAUGGAACAUAAUUGUUUAGCAUCUGAGAGCUAAUAAUGCUAGGUGAAACACCAUUCACAUUUUGCUCCAAAUUAUCGGAAAAAUAUUUCUUUAAUUCUUUACAACUAAGUGGGCCAAACCAGGCAUAUUGGAGCAUACUUGUAAUCCUGUCUAUUUAGAAGGCUCAGGCAGAAGGAUCACAAGUUCAAGGCCAGCCUCAGCAAUUUAGAGAGACCCUAUCUCAAAAUGAAAAGGGCUGGGAUGUAGCUCAAUGGCAGAGCACCCCUGGGUUCAAUCCCCAGUACCAACAAAAAGAAAGAAAAAGAAAAUUAAGUGGGAUAUUUGAAAUCCAUAAAGCUAAAAAGAAAGAGUGACUGAGAAAAUAUGGAAGUUUAAAAUAAUAAAAAUUCAAAUGUAAAGCCAUAAUUUUUCAAUGUCAUAUCCAAAUAUGAGCUCAAUGUGCCCUUCUCAGAAAAGCUUAUUAUUGAGUCAAUUUUUUCCUUUUUUGGGCAUAAAGAUACUGCCUUAAUUUUUCUUUGUCCAGCCAAAAUCUAAGCAUUCUUUAUAUGUGGAAAAGCACUGGAAAACUAAUUUUAGUUAAUGGACUGAAAUGUAUAAUGAUUUUUAAGGUACAGAAAAAUAUCUUUUAGUUUCUUUCUCAAAGAAUAUUUCUUUCAAAAAUUCUGGGUGAAGUAUAACAUUCUAUUUUUUUUACAAAAUGCAGGCAGUUAAAAUACAUCUUGCCUUUCUUCUCCUGUUCUUUAUCUCUCUUAGUUAUUGAGAUGCUUACAUAGUAUCUUUUGGUUUUAUUAAGUGCCUAAUUGAUAGAUUUUAAUUUUUAAAAGGUGCCCUAGUUUAUUGGCAACUUAAGACUUGCCUUCAUGGUGGUAUUUCACUUGUUGGUGUCUCAUUCUGAUGUUUGUCCAGCCUACUCAUCUCUCUGAGCUACAUGCAGUGGCACGUAGAAUUGACAGGAGUGCAUUCACAGUCACAAUUGCCCUUCCAGCCACAGAGCUGGAGAUCCACAGAGAGUAGCAGACUUCAUUGCUCCCACUGUCAGAUUUCAUUGCUAGAAUCAAUGUAAAGGAGAAACCCUAGGCUGAGUAUGAAAUUGUCCUAAGGCAGCUGACCAGCCCCCAAACCGUUUUUAUAUUAUUUGUCCCUGCCUGCAUUUGGGGAUUUGAAUUUGCAAGAAUGAAUGAAUGAAUUUCCCUUUUUAUCAAGAUUUAUUACAUACAAGUCCUGUAUGGUAGAACUGGCUAUUGUGCAAUAAUGAAAGUGGGGGAGGAACUGUUCGGGGAAUCUUCUUAUUGAUGCCAUUUUUCUCCAUUUGAGAAUCCAGUUGAUAGACUAACAGUUAAAGUGCAUUUCUGCAGUUUCCAUUUCCAUGACCUUCAAGUAUCUCUUUCAAUGACUAAAUGCCCCUGAUGGAGGCAUUGUAGCAAAUACAAGGUAUCAUUAGCUCCAUGAAGAUUUGGAUAUUUUUUUGUUAAACAAAGAUGGUUUGGGGGCUGGGGUUGUGGCUCAGUGGUAGAGCGCUCGCCUAGCACGUGUGGGGUGCCAUGUUCAAUCCUCAGCCCCACUUAAAAAUAAAACAAAGAUAUUGUGUCCAACUACAACUUAAAGAACAAAAACAAUAUUUUUUAAAAAGGAUGGUUUGGUUUACUGUAACAAGUCACAGCUCUUUAUGUAGAUAAUAUCUUAUUAUUUUUGUUCUUUUUACAUCCUUUUUACAAAGUUUAGUGGCCAAUUAAAGGCUUCUCUACCAAAAUUACAUGAAAACUGCUCUUGUUGUGUUAAUAUUUCCUUUGGCUUCUGCUUCUCAGUGGGUGUGAUUUCACGGAAAUGAUUCUGUCUUUUGGAUUAGAAUAUACUGAAUUGUAAUAUUAUUCCUAAAAAUUUGGUUCAUUUCUUCUGCACAUUCUUCUUUCUCAACAUUCAAUUACAAAACAAAGGAGAAAUACCUUUUAGAUAAUAUAGAAAAAUAACUUUGAAUAUCUCUUAUUAGAAUUGAACUACUCCUUGAAGAUCAGUUGCUAAUUUUUUUUCUUCUGAGAAUCUAGAAACUAAUCUUUUAUUUGUAGUGUUUCUGGCUAUUUUUAGUGACAUGAUUUAGUAAAUCUUUUGUCAUAUUUAACCAAUUCAGUAAUAAGGUGAUAUUUGCUUUUGUGGUUAUAAAAACAAUUGAUAAUGAAAGUCAGUUGAGUGGGAAAAAAAUCACUUUUUCCAUCUGUCAAGUUUACUUUCCAUUUUUAUGCUAAUAUUUGAAAAAAAUUAAAUGUGCUAAUGUUCCUCAGCAUGUUUUAUUUUCCCAUAAUGGAUCUAUCAGAUAGUUUUAGUUCUUAAGCAGUCUCUUAAGUUCUUAAGGAGGAGAAUGUUCCUGUACAGUCCAUGUUAAAGUGGUUCUAAUUGCUUUUAUACUAUAGAAUUACUGAGUUUUAAAUCCUUUUUAUCCACCCAUGACCUGGGCUUGCACUCUCAGCAUUAACAUUUUGGACUGGAUAGUCUUUGUUCUGGGGUACAGUGCUGUGCAUCAGAAGAGUAUCCCCAACCUCCACCCUGUCGCUUCCAGCAUCCUCCUCAUAGUUGUUAUGGCCAAAAAAUGUUUCCAAACACUGCCACCAUGGGAGGCAAAAUCACCCCCGUUGAGAACCACCAAUGUGGGCUAGGAGAAGAAAAUUGAAGACUCCGAAAUAGAGUAUCAUACUCCUGUUCUGAUGCUUGGGGGACCCUCACAAUAUAAUAAUUGUCCUUUAAAAUUUUUUUUUUGGUGUUACUAGGGGAUCAAACCCAGGGCCUCCAUCCUGCUAGGCAAGGACUCUACCCCGGAGCUUCAUCUCCAGCUGGUGAUUGUCUAAUAUUUUUACCCGCUCAUCACUACCGCAACCUUUGCAGACUUUGUGGUCUUAAUCAGUAGGUCUAGGACUUCAGUUUAGAAUUAAUGUAUUCUACAGACCAUCUGCUACUUGAUCUGCUUUUUUGCCUCCCUUUCAUCUCCGAGCAAGAGAUGACCACUCUCUUUUUCUGCCUUCUGUGGAAACCUCCAGACUGGAAGCUCUCUGAAAGCAGGAGCCACAUCUGUUUGUUUCUUUCUCCAGAGCUUAACACUGUGCCUUCUUGUUUGUGAGAUGAAUUUUUGCUUUGUUUUAAAGUGCAACUUUGAUUGUAUACAUAUUUUAUCUUUGAUGUUACAUACUUUUGUUGAUACGGAACCGUUUAUAUUUGUUAAAAGUAAAAUAUGUCUCUGUUGAAUUGAUAACUUUGUUAUAAGAGCUAGAAUCCUUGUAUUGUUUAUUUUAAAAUACUUCAUAUGUCCGUGUAUUUGCAAAUGUAUUUUUAUAUAGAUGUACACCCAUAAAUACAAUUAUAUUUACUCUUUUUUUGGGGUGUGUUGGGGAUUGACCCCAGGGCCUCGUGGGUGCUAAGCAAUACCCUACCACUCAGCUGCUCCCUCAGCUCUAUUAACUUUUAAAGGUAUAAUUCAAGCCUUUCUAGUCACAGGGUUUAUAUGUUUGGCUGCAGAUGACUAACAGAGAUUAAAUCAUAACAUUGCCAAACACUUAAGUGCUAUAGGAAAGGAACUUCAGACAUAGUCCUUUCUGCAAGACACACUGGGAACUAGUCUUUAAAAUGGUACAGCCCAGGAGGCUGUCAGGAAUUUUAUAAUUCUUUAAGGUGAGAGAAAGCUGUGCUCCAGGGUCCUUUAGAUUUAAGUGAUUCUAAUGAUUCUAGAGUCAUCCUAGAGAUAGCCUAAAGAAUGCCUGAAUAUACCUGGAAGGAGUCUGAAUCCCUUUGGGAAAUUUAAAUCAUGUUUUUUCAAAGAAGAGUUAAAAACCCCUAGCAUACCUUGGAUCUUUAAGACCUACCUGAUUCCAGAAUCAUCAUCUCAAAUUCCCAAAGCCAGGCCAUCUGGUUCACAGGAGUCAAAAAUGGGUAACUCUAAACUGGUGGGCAGGGUGGUGCAUACCUGUAAUCCCAGUGGCUAGAGAGGCUGAGGCAGGAGAAUCAUGAGUUCAAAGCCAGCCUCAGCGAGGACAAGAUGCUAAGCAAGUCAUAAGACCCUAUCUCUAAAUAAAUAAAUAGAGUACAAAGUAGGGCUGGGGAUGUGGCUCAGGGGUUUAAUGCUCCUAAAUUCAAUCCCCAGUACCCCUUCAAAAUGGGUUACCCCCCAAAAUAAAGUAGGUAACCCAGAAUUGUAGGUUUUUUAAGUUUUGGAGCCUCGUAACCAUAAAUAUUUUGGUGCCAGCAUCUAAAUCACAGGGUAUACUGUCACUAUAUUCCCAUAGAAUCCUUGGCCCAAGAAGAAUUCAAGAAUGAUCUUGGGUAUAGAAAAGAUAGAGACAUGAGCCUGCAGAAUCAAAUGUUUCUGAAAUUCUGUUCUUUUUCUACUGUUGUACCUCCUUUACUAUAAAUUUGUUAUUAAGAUGACUAUGUCUAGAUAGAUAUUAUACUGUAUAGAGGAAAAAUGUUAGAGGGACCCCACCCUAACUAAUUCUUGGGCUGAGGGUAUAGCUCAGUGGUAGAAUGCUUUCCUAGCAUGUACAAGGUCCUGGGUUCAAUUCCCAGCACUGCAGAAUCUUUAUGAGAGACACCAAACUUCCAGUAUGACUGUACCAUUUUAUAUUCUUACCCAUAACAUGUGAGUGAUCCAGUGUCUCCACAUUCUUACCAGCAUUUGUUACUGUCACUUUUUAAAAUUCAGCUAUCUUCAUAGGUAUAUAGUGAUAUUUCAUUAAGGUUGUAAUUUGCAGUUCCCUAAUUUGAAAUGCGGUUGAAUAUCUUUUUAUGUGAUUUUUUUUUUUGCCAUCUUUGUAUCCUGUUCUGUGAAAUUUCUGUUCGUAUCUUUUGCCCAUUUGUCAAUUGGAUUGUUUACUAAAUGAGCCAUAUCUUUAAAUAUCUUUUUUAAAGUAUUUUUAAAAUCAGUCCAGUAACUUAAGAAGCCACUAAGUAGGAUUUUUUUUAAAAAAAAUAAUCCAAGGCAAAGUGUAUAUAGCAUUUUGAACAUGAUUUUAUAAUAUCCUGAGCAAAAGCUCUGGAUACAAGUUCUGUUCUGUACUCACUAGAGUGUGGUACUAAUACUGUGAGAUAGCAGAAACAUUUCAAAGAUACCUUUACUUAAAAUGUUCUGUGGAGUGUACAGGUACAUACUUUCUACAUAGCUACCAUCAUGUUUCUAACCUUUUAUACAUAAAAUCAACUGAUUUGUGUAGAGAUUUCAUAAUGACUUUGUAGAAAGUUAAUUAGAAGUUUUCCUAUUUGUGCAAUAUAGUAAAUAUAAAUCCCAAUUCAUAUGCAUAAGUAAAUUUAUAUUAUUUUUCUGGUAUUCUUUAUGAAUUCAUGGUUUUAUUAAAUAGUCAUUGAGAAUCUCAAACCAUUUUUAAGAUCAAUAGACAAAAAAUCAAGGGAUGCAUGGUAAUACAGAUAUUUUUCAUAUGCAUGUAAAAUUUACUUUUUUGUUUAUUUUAACUUGUAGAUUUAAAAAAAAUUACGUGGGCAUUUUUAUUAAAUAUUUUUUCCCACUUUGGUUUCUACACAUUAAGAAAGUCACAGAGGGAAGCCCUGGGUUUGAUCCCCACCAAUGUGAAACAGAAAGUGACAGAAAUAAGUACAUUUACUACAGCAGUAAUUCUAAAUAAAUAUAGGCUUCAUAUGGUUAGGGAAAAAAGGGGUUUAUGAACUCUUGCUUCUUUAGGUCCUCUUUAGACUUAUUAUUAUAUGUUCUACGUUCUCACAUAAAGGAAAUUACUAGAGGAGAGGGUUAAUUCUUUGUGAUGGGGGAAAUAUAAUUUGUUGUGAAAUUAUACUGUAUUUUUAAAUAUCUAGAAAAUUUUUAAAUAAUUGGGGGGACUGGGGAUAUAGCUCAGUGUUACAGUGAUUGCCUAGCAUGCCUAAAGACCUGGGUUCAAUUCUUCAGUGCUGCCAAAAUGUAGCAAAGAUUAAAAAUAAUUAGACGAAAGGCAAUUCAUAUACUAAUGUGAUAGGAUAGGCCCACUAGUUGUUGAAAUCCUUUCUGAAAAUUAUAAUCUAAAAUGAUUUGGGAAACUGCAAUGAAACAGUGAAUGAUUGAUCUAUACAUGUUGGAAUAUUAAAGCCAUUUUAAUUUUG